AUGACUAAUUAUUCUGCGUCGAGCGAUCUCAUUACUAGUAUACAUCAAGAAGAUGAGAAUAUUGAUUUAGAACCACUUCUCCCAUCGUCUGAUCCAUCAUCAAAUGCGACAUAUUUGUUGCGUGAACAGCGCCAACAAGAUUCACAAUCAUUUUAUUCUAUGUUCAUCUCGAGAAUGAAACGAUUCCAUUGUGCAAUGAGUUUACGAUCGUCACGAACGUGUUGCUUUGAAACGUUGAAGAGUAUUCCAGUUAUCUUUAUUUUGGCCAUUGUGGCAUGGUCUUAUUAUGCCUACGUUGUACAAAUGUGUAUUUUAACUAUUGAUAGUGUGCCGAAAAAAAUCAUCUAUCUGUUACUUUAUCAUCCAUUACUAUUUCUUUUCCUAUGGUCAUACUAUCGGACAAUGUUCAAACCUUUAGCUGGUCCACCUAGUGAAUUUUAUGUUGGCGAAGCCGAAGGUGAACGUAUUGCAACAGCUCAAACCCUAGAUGAGCGACGUGCGACUUUACUUCGUCUUUGCCGUCGAGCGAAUCUACCCGUACUUACCCGACAUUUCGAUGGAAGUGUGCGGUACUGUUUCUCAUGUCAAUGUAUAAAACCCGAUCGAGCGCAUCAUUGCUCAGUAUGUGGCAAGUGUGUUCUCAAAUAUGAUCAUCAUUGCCCAUGGACAAACAGCUGUGUUUCGUAUGCGAAUUACAAGUUUUUUGUGUUAUUUCUUGGUUGGGCUCUGGUGUUCUGUGGUUACGUUGCUGCGACAUCGCUGGAAUAUUUUAUUCUCUUUUGGCAGGGUGUGACUAAUAUUCAGAAAGACAUACCGAACGCAAAAUCAACAGGUGGAAAAUUUCAUUUACUUUUCCUUUUCUUCGCAUCAGUGAUGUUUGCUAUCAGUGUAUCGUCACUAUUCUUCUACCAUCUAUAUUUAACCGCAAAAAAUCGUACAACACUUGAAUCAUUCCGAGCACCGAUAUUCGCAGAUGGGCCACAGAAAGAAGGAUUUAAUCUCGGUUGUAAACAAAACUUCCAAGAAAUCUUCGGCAAAGAUCUCUUGAAGGCAUUUAUUCCCAUUUCGACAACACGUGGUGAUGGUGUUCAUUAUCAAGUAAAUAGCACCUUACUUGGUGGUUUACGACAACAACAGGAACAAAUGAGCCACGCCAGUACUGAUGUUCUUUUACCGCUUGAUACACCGCCAAAUUCCAUGAACAAUGAUCGCAAUUAUCUUUUGAGUGAAACUACUAACAAUAGAUAG